CGCAUGCGGACUGACAGGAGUUAGAGAUGCCAGCCAUUAGACCGGGGACGCUGGGAGAGGAUGGAGACUUCAGAUAUGACUGCUCCGCAUCUUUAUCUUAUUUUAUGGAACAUUUUCUAAAAGGAUAAAUAAUUGCCUGACCAAGGAGGAGGCGUGGCCGCGCGCCGCGUGCCGCGUGUUUUUUUGCGCCACAUUGUUUUAUGGAUGACUUUUUUCUUGGCGAGGAUAAAGAAACGCAAGAGUCUGUGCAACUUUCUGUAGGUCGCACGUGAUCACCACAAAAUAGCAAGCAACGCAUCAUCAUCAUCUUCAUCAUCAUCGCCGCCUUUAAGACUGAAAGCGCCGUGCGCUCUGGUGGAGACGCACAGGUGCGCGCGCCAUGUUUCACUCCUCAGGACGCGCCGGCACCCGCGCGACAUAAAGCACAGCUGGACUCGUUGGGGCUGCGUGGGCCAGUGAUGCCGGAACCAUUGACACUCCUACAGAACCGGACAGAGCCGCAGCUGGAGCAGCAGCUGGAGCGCACACUGGCCACGGAGGGGAGCGCACGCCCCGCCUGGGUCAUAGCAAUCCUGGCCUGCGUGCUGAUCUUCACCACGGUGGUGGACGUGCUGGGGAAUCUGCUGGUGAUCAUCUCCGUGUUCAGGAACCGCAAGCUGAGGAACGCGGGUAACGUGUUUGUGGUGAGUUUGGCAUUCGCUGACCUCGUGGUAGCCUUCUACCCGUACCCCCUGGUUCUCUACGCUCUCUUCCAUGAUGGAUGGGCGCUGGGAAACACGCAGUGCACGGUCAGUGGUUUCCUCAUGGGGCUGAGUGUCAUCGGGUCCAUCUUCAACAUCACCGGGAUCGCGGUGAACAGAUACUGCUACAUCUGCCACUCGUUCUCCUACAGCCGGCUGUACAGCUACCGCAACACUCUGCUGUUUGUCGCCUUAAUCUGGCUGCUCACCGUCGUGGCCAUCGUCCCCAAUUUCUUUGUCGGGUCCCUGCGCUACGACCCGCGGGUUUACUCCUGUACCUUCGCCCAGAACGUCAGCAGCUCCUACACAGUGGCGGUCGUGGUGAUCCACUUCCUGGUGCCCAUUGCAGUGGUUACCUUCUGUUACCUCCGCAUUUGGGUGCUUGUGAUUCAGGUACGGCGUAAAGUGAAGACCGAGGAGUGUCCUCGUCUCCGACCAAGUGACUUGCGGAAUUUCAUCACCAUGUUUGUGGUGUUUGUGCUGUUCGCCAUCUGCUGGGCCCCACUCAACCUAAUCGGACUUGCGGUGGCCAUAGACCCGUCCCACGUGGGUCCCCACAUCCCCGAGUGGCUCUUCGUGGUCAGCUACUUCAUGGCCUACUUCAACAGCUGUCUCAACGCCAUCAUCUAUGGCCUGCUCAACAGGAACUUCAGGAACGAGUACAAACGCAUCGUCACCUCUGUGUGGGUGACGCGGCUCUUUGUGACGGAGACGUCGCGCGCCGCCACGGACGGCAGGAGCAUGAAGAGCAAGCAGUCGCCGCCUCCGCCGACGCCACCGCACAACAACAACGAGUCGCUAAGAGACCGCGUCAACGAAGAGCGAAAUAUGGCACCAUGAGCUUUUUUUUUUUUUUUAUGUGAAAAUCAAUGGCUGUUGUGCAGCGACAGAGUCAAGUUAACACUUGAAACUUGAAUUUAUGGCUAGUCACGAGGGUUGCGGGCGAUGUCGACUGAUUAAAGUCAUAAAGGUUGGUCCGUACACGGAGUUUUUGAACGAUGAACUCAAUGACUUUUUGCUGGACGGCGAUGAUUUUGCAGGUUUUAUAGAUGCUGCGUCCUGUGAGGAAUGAGCAGUGUGCAGCAGUUUCAUGUUCUCACUCUCAAAACUGCCUAAACGAUGCAUUCAUGUU